AUGGCAGCGCUUCACGAAAGUCCAAUCGAAAUGUUCAACCGUAUCCUGUCCUGGCAAUUUCACAUCCUUCGCAUGCUGGGCAUGGACGCGUUCAAUGGUAGGUUCACGAUCAAUCCGUUGUCCAUCAGCAUUAUCAUGAUGGCAGGACUGUUUAUGGUGGUGUCGUUCUACGAUGUGCUGGUGCUGUUCCGUGACGACCUGUACAGUAUGUCGUUCGUGAUGGCCACCAUCUGCUUCGGCUUUAUUGGAUGGGCACGCAUAUUGGGCGCGCUAGCGUAUCGGAACAAGCUACCGCACCUGAUGCAGAUGACCCGUGACACCUACCGUCGAGCGAUGCAGGACGGCCCACAAUCGACCAUCCUGGCCUGGUAUACGACCAUCUUCUGGCGCGGUGUCAUGCUCUACUCGGUGAUGUUUCUGUUUGGUGCAGUUUUUGCGUCGUUGGGUCCGGCCGUCGUGUUCCUGUACAAUGGGCAGAAGAUACUGCCCUUCGGUGUGUACCUGCCGUUUGUGGAUCCGAACAGUAGGACGGGUUACGAGCUGAACUUUCUGUACCAGAUGAGCUGCAUCCUGUGGACACCGCCCGGGCUGACCGCGACGCAAAACAUCUACUUCUCGUUCAUCCUCAACAUUUGCAUCCAGUACGAUGUGUUGCAGAUAGAGCUGGCCGAUCUGGACAAGCUGAUACGGUGCACUGAUGUGGAGCAGGAGAGCGCCGCACUCCGCGAGAAACUGCGUGAAAUCAUAGUUUACCACCGAAGGUUGGAGGAGUAUGUGACUACUAUUGAGCAGGUGUACAAAAUGCAGGCACUGGUCGAGGUACUGUCACUAACGUUCCAGAUCGUCCUGACGCUCUUCGUGCUGCGUACCGUAAGUAAUCCGGUGAGUUUGUGGCUACCGGGGAUAUUCUUGAUACCGCUCUGCACCGUACAGCUGCUUAUCCUAUGCAUACCGGGAACGCUGAUCGAGGUGAAAGCGUCCAAGCUGACGGAAACGAUCUACGGCAUUGCCUGGCACGAUAUGCACCAGCAGAACAAGCGCAUCUUUCAACUGCUACUGCACCGGAGUCAGCACCCACCCAUUCUCACCUGUGCUCGGAUGGCCACCAUCGACAUGAAGCUGUUUAUGAACGUCAUGAAGAAGGUGUACUCCAUAUUUAUGAUGCUGGAAAACAUGUGA